AUGCUGAUGACUCGGGGCGCAUUUGUCCAAGCAUGGCUCAUACUCCUGGUGAGAGCCAACCAAUGGAGCCUCAAAGACUCCUCAAACUGCGAACUUAAUCGAGAACAAAGUGACCUGAACUCCUUCUUGUGGACCAUCAAACGUGACCCCCCUUCCUAUUUCUAUGGAACCAUCCACGUUCCCUACACGCGGGUUUGGGACUACAUCCCGGAGAACUCCAAGCGGGCGUUCCAGGAGAGCCACAUCGUAUAUUUCGAGCUGGAUCUCACGGACCCCUACACCAUCUCGGCCCUGACGAGCUGCCAGCUGCUGCCGCAGGGGGAGAACCUGCAGGACGUGCUGCCCAGGGACAUUUACCGCCGUCUCAAACGACACCUGGAGUACGUCAAGCUCAUGAUGCCCUCCUGGAUGACGCCUGACCAGCGGGGGAAGGGUCUGUACGCGGAUUACCUCUUCAAUGCCAUCGCCGGCAACUGGGAACGCAAGCGACCAGUGUGGGUGAUGCUGAUGGUGAACUCGCUGACAGAGGCGGACAUUAAGACACGGGGAGUACCUGUGCUGGACCUGUACUUGGCCCAGGAGGCGGAGAGGAUGAAGAAGAAGACUGGCGCGGUGGAGAGGGUGGAGGAGCAGUGUCACCCAUUGAAUGGGCUGAACUUCUCUCAGGUGAUCUUCGCUCUGAACCAGACACUGCUUCAGCAGGAGAGUUUGCGUGCAGGUAGUCUCCAGGUCCCCUACACCACCGAGGACCUCAUCAAACACUACAACUGUGGGGACCUCAACUCCAUCAUAUUCAAUCACGACACCUCGCAGGUUCCCAACUUUAACAACAUCACACUGCCUCCCAACGAGCAGGUCACCGCCCAGGAGAUUGACGCCUACUUCCGCCAGGAGCUGAUCUACAAACGGAAUGAGCGCAUGGGUAAACGAGUGAAGGCCCUGCUGGAGGAGCAUCCAGACAAGAGCUUCUUCUUUGCCUUCGGUGCAGGUCACUUCCUGGGCAACAGUACAGUGAUUGAUGUGCUGAGGAGUCAGGGCUAUGAGGUGGAGCACACCCCCGCAGGCCAGCCCAUUAACAGUGUGAGGAGGUCCGGUCCCCAGCCUGAGGAGGAGGAUGAGGAGCAGGACGACAGGAUCACUCCACUGGAGCCCUUCUUACACGAGACCCAGGAACAGCUCCCCCUGGAGGAGGAGCCGCUGCCCCACCUGCCGUUGCCUGACAGCCUGGAGCUGCUGGAGAAGGUGGAGCGCAAGCUGAAGAAAAAACGACGCAACAAACAGAAGAAACUGCGCCACCGUCAGUUCAAUGACCUGUGGGUUCGCAUGGAGGAGAGCACCACUGUGGAGCCUCCACCCCCAGUUGUCCGUAUCAUCAAUGGUUAUAUCACUGUGCAGACCCACCCACAAGAACAUGGCAGAUCCAAUCACGACAGGACGUUUUCAGGCUCCACUCCCAACGCGGGGGUGGCCACCUUCAGCAUGUUAAUAUUGUGGAUUCUAGUUCUGAUGCUGGACCUCCACAUCCUUUAA